AUGGAAAACCUUCUAAAAGUUAAAGAUAUUGUCAAUGGAAUAGCUAAUAACUUGGAUACACAUGAUUAUCUAUCAUUUCGACAGAUUAAUAAGGAAGUUCAUGAUGUACAAUUAUCAAAUGAUAUCGACUCCAAAAUAUGGUGUAAUAAAUUAUUGCUGAUGGGUCUCAGUAAAACUGAAACGCCGAAUUCUCCACCUCCAAUUGAAGAUGAUGGAGUAAAGGAAGCUAACCAAACCGAUAUCAUUGAUCUUUUUGGGACAUAUAAAUAUUUUAACGAAAGCAAUGCCAAAGAAAUAUACUCUAUUUACUAUCGGACUUUCAAUCCGUUGGUGACAAAAUUACUUAAUAAUAACUAUUCUCACUUUUUCCCACAACAGUACGAAGAUGAUCCAUUAAAUCAGGCAAAAAUAUUGAAAUACAUCAGAAUAUAUAACAAAUCAUGUUCCGUUUGUGAAUCUAGUAAAUUUAGGAAGGUGGAGACAAACUUGAAUAUUCUUAAAGAAAUCUUUAUUAACUCUAUAUUGCACGAAAUGGAAAUAAAUUAUACGACAGAAAAUUUCGAGAAAGCUGGUUAUUUCAUGGAGAUACUUUUGUUAUGUCAUGAAGAAACUAAUGCUGUUGAGUUUUUCAACUCAAAAGUAGAAUUCCCUGAUAUUAAUAAAAUACCGUUUCCCUCAAUGUCAGAACUUUUAAAAGAAAAUGAAGGAACCGAUAGCUAUAAACCUGAAUUGGAUUGGUCGAUUUUAGAUAGUUUGAUUUUCAUUCCCUAUAGAGAUUUUUUAAAUGAUAAAGUUAUACUUAUUGAUACACUAUUCAAGGAUCAUUAUCCAGUAGUCCUUCAAUUUAUCGAAAAUUUUAUUCAACAGACACUUUUAAGAACAAUAGAUCAACUAUUCACAGAGAUUGAUGAGGAUAAUUAUCUCUUCCUUAAUUUUUUCCCUCAAAUAUAUUUUAAAGUGAUUAAUAGGCUAUGUGAUGAACUGAAUGAUUCUAUGAACGGUGGACCCAAGUUUCAUAUAGCUGUGAAAAAAUUCUUUGAUGUUUAUCUGGAACCCCAAAUUUUAAAUUAUUUAACAUUAUUCCCAAAUUAUUACUCUGAGUUUCUAAAUAAAGAGUUCAAGAAGUAUCAACAAGAAAUUGAAUCCAAUGAAGUUGAACAAAACAAGGAAAUAUUGAAUUCAAUACGAAUACAAAAUGAAGAUUUGUUACAAAAUGAAGAUUCAGAUAAUACAAAUACAAAUAAGAUUGAUUUUUUAACAUCAUUUACUAAGAUAUUCAAAUUGAGUAAUAAUAGCCGAAUACAUCAACAAAAUACUCAAGAACAACUUAAUUUAGCUUAUAAUUUGAAUUUAAUCAGUAAAAACCUUCAAAAUAUCAAAGAUUUAAUAAGUUUGCCACUUUGUUAUAAAAUUUUUGAGUUCACUAGAGAAAAAAUUGAAGAUAUAUAUCGCUUUAUGGUGAUUGAAACUUUAGUGAAAACUAUCAAUUUAAAAUGUCAAGAAAUAUUCAAGCAUUUAUUAAAUCAACUUUCUAUCAAUCAUAUCAAACCUGCAUUUGAGAAAGCAAUAUCUCUACUUUCCGAGUAUAAUCCCAAUGACCUUAAGUCCAUAGAGAUAAAUGUUAAAAUCAGUUCAAAAGUUCAGCCAUUGGUACAAUUCACAGAAUUGAUAAAUAUAGGUGAUAUUAUCCUGCAAAUGAUAUCAAUUUUUUAUAAGAAUGAAUUGCUUGCUAAAAAAAUCCUUGAUAAGAAUAAGGAUUUCCUAAACGAUGUCAUUCAAUGCAAAAAAUCAUUUGAGAAUAUAGUUGACGAUUAUGUUGCAGAUGGAUUAAAUAUAGGUAUCAAUAAAUUAAUGGAUGAGAUAGUGUUUCUCUUCCAAACCGUUCAACUUGCGGAUGAUUUUAACCCAGUUACUCCAGUAAUGGAUAUCAAACCAACUAAAUGUGCCAUACAGGUUGUGGAAUUACUAAACAACCAUUCCUUUUUACUAAAUGGGGCCACAGACAAGGGUACUAUUGAUGUUUAUCAACAGGAGAUUGGAGAAAGAUUCUUUAAUGAAGUCGUGAAAAAUAUAAAAAGAAAUAUGAUUUCAACCGAUGGUGCCGCGACAAUGAUAUGUGACUUGAAUUAUUAUUACAAAUUCAUGGCAUAUAAACUGAAACAAAAAAAUAUUGUCCCAUUAUUUGUGGCACUGAAAAAUAUUGGACAAUUAUAUUUAAUAUCCGGUAAAGAUUCUAAAGAAUUGGGUAGAAUGAUUUGUGACGUUGGUAAAUUUAAUGGUAUAUUUUCUCAAGAAGAAGUCUAUGAAUUUGUGCAACGAAGGAGUGACUGGCUCCGUGUGAAGCGAGACGUUGAAAAAGUGAUGUAUGGUUUAGGUAUGAAAGAUUGUAUCAUUAUGUAG